AGUCCUGUCACUCGUUUGUCCCUCUGAGACACCCGUACCUGUGAAGUCCAAACUUGUGUACUAGGGGCUGUGUGUAGCAUGACUGGUGGUGACAUGUCGGAACCUGAGGCUUCUCCAUCAGCGGUGACCAUGCGGGAUGUACAGCAGCUUAUCGCCAGGAAGGACGAGAUCGAGGCACAGAUAAAGGCUUACUAUGAGGUUUUGGAAGAUCAAAAAAAUGUUGGCUUGGAAGGACCUCUGGUUGACAUAGAGGGGUACCCAAGGGCAGACGUAGACAUCUACCAAGUGCGGACUGCACGGCACAACAUAAUUUGUCUACAGAAUGAUCAUAAAACCAUCAUGAAAGAAAUAGAAGAGGCCUUGCACAACCUACACGCACGAGACCAAGAAAAGCGGCAAAGAGAUGAAGCAGAGGCCCAGGCUGAAGCACUUCAACGCAACCAAGCUCUGCCCGUGGCCUUUGCUAGAGUUGAUACAGUCACUCCUGGAUCUCCAGCCAGUAUAUCGGGACUGCAGGUUGGAGAUGAAAUUGUUGCAUUUGGAUCCGUAAAUACAAGCAACUUUCAAACCUUACAGAAUAUUGCCACUGUAGUGCAACACAGUGAGGGGAAACCAUUAAGCGUGACAGUUGUUCGAGAUGGCAAAUCUGUCAAUUUAGGACUCACACCACAGCGAUGGAGUGGGAAAGGACUUUUGGGAUGUAACAUCAUUCCUUUAAAAAGAUAAAACUGCCAAACUUGGCUUGUUCUAGAACAUCUUACCCAGGUUAAAGAUACGCCAGUUGCGGAAUUCUGCUGACACCUGACAAAUGAAGAUAAACUGAUCUCGAGAUGACAUUGGUCUGCUUUUGGGUGACAUUGGUCUGCUGUGGGACUUGGACACGUGUGCAAAUUAAGAUGAUUUUUAUAGUUUGCUAUUUUGUUUAUAUUUUAAGGUUUACCUGCCCUCUG